UUUAACUUUCUUCCAAUGAACGUUGGGUUGCGUUUCCGUAAAAUCGAAAAACGGGGUUACUUCAAAACAUUUAGCACCGCAGCGAUAUUACACGCAGCCUUUGUGAAGAAGAAGAAAAAGACAAAGAAAGUCAGUGAAGAAGAAGUUGGUGAGAUCCAGCAGAGCGGAGACUUCUUCAUCCAACCAGAGUCUAAAGUCCCUUCUCUGAACACGUCACAGUGGCCCCUGUUGUUAAAGAAUUUUGACAAACUGAAUAUCCGGACAGCUCAUUACACUCCUCUACCGAAUGGCAGCAAUCCCCUGAAGAGAAGUAUCCAGGACUAUGUCAGGUCGGGCUUCAUCAACCUGGACAAACCAGCAAACCCAUCGUCUCAUGAGGUGGUGGCGUGGAUCAGGAGGAUCCUGCGGGUGGAGAAGACUGGUCACAGUGGGACACUCGACCCCAAAGUCACUGGCUGUCUGAUAGUCUGUGUUGACCGAGCCACGCGAUUGGUCAAAUCUCAGCAGAGUGCUGGUAAAGAGUAUGUGGGAAUCAUUCGGCUGCACAAUGCAAUAGAGAACGAACAUGCUGUGGCUCGGGCACUGGAGACGCUGACUGGUGCUUUGUUCCAGCGGCCGCCAUUGAUUGCUGCUGUGAAACGUCAACUGAGAGUCCGAACAAUCUACGAGAGCAAGCUAAUAGAAUAUGACCCCGAGAGGAGGCUGGGGAUCUUCUGGGUGAGCUGCGAAGCAGGGACUUACAUCCGGACUCUGUGUGUCCAUCUGGGGCUGCUGCUUGGGGUCGGAGGUCAAAUGCAGGAACUGAGGAGAGUCCGGUCUGGAGUCCUGGGAGAGAAGGACUACAUGGUGACGAUGCAUGACGUCUUGGACGCUCAGUGGCAGUUCGAUCACAACAAAGAUGAGUCGUAUCUUCGGAGGGUUAUCUUUCCUCUGGAGAAGCUGCUGGUGUCUCACAAACGGGUGGUGAUGAAGGACAGCGCUGUGAACGCCAUCUGUUACGGAGCAAAGAUCAUGCUGCCAGGUGUCCUCAGGUACGAAGACGGCAUCGAGGUGAACCAGGACAUCGUCGUCAUAACAACCAAAGGAGAGGCCAUCUGUACAGCUGUUGCCCUGAUGACGACUGCUGUGAUCUCCACAUGUGAUCACGGUGUUGUGGCAAAGAUAAAGAGGGUCAUCAUGGAGAGAGACACGUAUCCUCGGAAGUGGGGUUUGGGUCCAAAGGCGAGUCAAAAGAAGACGAUGAUUCAGAAAGGACUCCUUGACAAACAUGGGAAACCGAACGGCAACACACCACAGGACUGGAAGAACCAGUACGUCGAUUACAGCACUUCUAAGGUAACAGAGCCGUCGUGUGAUGCUUCAGCAAAGAGGAAGAGGGAGGAGCCGGACGCCGACGGCGAGCCGACUACACCCUCUGCUGAGGAAGUAAAGAUGGAGAAGAAAAAGAAAAAGAGAGUCAAAGUGGAGGGUGUGGAGUCUGAAGCUACAGGGCCUGAAGAGGCGAAGGUGGAGCCUGAGGUGGAUGAAAGUGUCAAAAAGAAGAAAAAGAAGAAGAAACAGAAAGAAGGCGACACAGAGUGACGCCUGAGCAGAGAAAUAUCAGGUGUGACAGUGGGCAGAGUGUGGACACGUAGACGGAAAGCAUUCUGAGAGUUGAAUAAUGGACUGCACGAAUGCAGAAAGAUGGCUUUUUUUUUUUUCAGCUGUAAAUAAAUUAACAGGCCUGUUUGUAAUUUUGAAAUUAAAGUGU